AUGGCAUCGGCGCCAUCGCGCAGGAGCCAGCGACACCGCCAAUCCACCCUCUCCCUCUCCAUCGCUCCCAUUUCCGCCGUGCCCGAGCAACUUCCCCCCAUAGCCGCUCUGUUUCUCAUCGAUUUCGACGUCAAGGCCGGCUACACCAUUACUUGGAAGCGUGCCGUGCCAGAUCUCCAAUUGGACGGCCAGGUUGAGUACAAGUCGCUACCCUCGGGCUUGCACACGGUGCGCCAUGACUUGAUUUACUUUGUCGACGGCGCCCACGCUGGUCUCAGUGCCUUUGUGAAUGAGCCGUGUGAAGAGGAGGAAGCUAGGAACGCCAGAAUGAUUGCCGUAGGCCUCCUCGUACCCUUGAGCUAUGAGCGCCUGGGAAGGGCUUGGAGGCAUGCGGAGAAUCUGAAGGAGUUGGCUGCUACGCUAGCCAAGGAUCGUAGUCAGACUAAUGUCCUGGAAAGCUACUGGAAUUCCCACAAGGUCGGCGAGAGUGAUGGACAGGCAGACGACCCGACGCCAGCCAAGUUAUCCGAUUCGCCAACCCAGGAUCGAACAACACACAAGCCCAAGGUUUCCGCCUCCCAAGGCGCCUCAUUGGCGCCUGCUGAGCACAGGUUGAGCCCGUUCCAUCCAGCGUGGAGCUUGGUCAGUCUUUUGGACAAGUUUGGUCCCCUGAUAUUCCCUAUCCAUAGAGCAGCACUGCUACGCAAGCGAAUCCUCAUCUCUUGUCACGCUCCUGUUCAUGGAAUCUGUGACUUUGUAUACGACAUUUCAAUUCUCUCCAAUAUACCCUUCUCCAUCGCCGAUAGACUCCCCCCCUCAUCUCCCGCACCACGCCUCCGGCCCUUGUUCACCAUUGGCGUCCACGACAUUCCCUUUCUCAUGGAAGACUUCGAGGCUUCCAAGCGCCGCCAAGACGGCACAGCAGCCCCCGAAGGAGAGGAAGGUUCCGGCUGGAUCGCUUGUACCACGGACAGCAUUUUGGCCAUGAAAAACACCCUCUGGGACAUGCUCAUCACCGUGCCCCCGGAGCACUCCACGAGUGACAAAGUCUGGCCAACUGUAGAAUACCCUCGUGGCACACCCGUCAAAGCAACUCAACGAGAUCUCCGGCGCUUCAACGCCCUUCGCAUCGGCCUCGCCCGCCUCGCCUCUUCCCCCCAGCAGCAAGAGCCAGACUCCCCGCCGUCUGACGCUUCUGCCGUCCGUCUCUCCACCAGUCAUUCCUAUCGGCUAGUCAAGGACGAACAAGACCCUCGCGUCGACCAGCUUAUCGAGCCCUUAUCCUGGGCGGCUCUCGCCUACAAUGGCUACAUGUGGUGGGCAUCCGCCGGCGAGCAGCUUCGCUCUGAAGAACAGGAAGAGUCCUCCAGAGACGCCGCUCUCCUCGCGGACCUUGCGCCCGCGCCCGCGCCCGCAUUGUCCCCCUCCCCCCGCCUGUCCGAAUCGCUCGCGUCACUCACCGGCCGUCGCGCAUCUGACCCCGAGGAGGCACGUACCGAACUCGCCAUCAUCGCCUACUUCCACCGCCUUACUGCCCAAAUGCUCUCCGUAAUUGCCGACCUCGUCGAGUCCGCCGACGAGGCGUACCCUUCUUCAUACAGGGACGAAGACGAUGGUGAGCCAGACGGCCAGGAAGAUGACGAGGCCGAAGCCUUGUUAAGCAACGGUGGUGGCCUGGCUUUAGAUGCGAAUGCCAUCACCGUAGACAGCCACUGCAUUGAGAACAUGGGUCUAGACGUGUGGAGUGCAUCCGACGCAGCGUUUGUACAAGAUUUGGUCGACGCAUAUUUCGGUAGAGCCGUCAGAAUCGAGGGUAAGGGCGUCGAGGUCUGUGGCGUGAGGGUCUGCUAA